AUGGAGAAUCAUACAAUGACUACUUCAGCACUGCACGUUGGCACUGGACCGGCUCUCAAUCAAGCCCUCGGCUACGGAUUCCUAGCUGUGACAGUGACCAAUAUGGCUGCCCUCACUGGCCUAUUAUUCGCCCCGCUGAGCAAAUGCCCUGGCUACUUGACGUUCAUGUCGUUCAUGGUGACCACAGCAGUUGGAUCCUUGUUCUCCAGUGCUAUUCUUGUCCUGAUUCCCGAAACUAUCCUACAACGAUGUCUGUUGGAUGAUCGUUAUCGUCUCAUCGUUGACACCGGUGAAUAUUUGGAAUACAAUCCUGGCCAAACUUUCACCGAGUUAGUUGCGUUUAACAAAUGUUUGUCCAUUGAACCGUUCCACAUAUAA